AUGCUGAACAACUGGCUGGGGCGCGGCGCGUCCAUGGGCGGCGGCGAGGCCUCCAUCCACGGCGGCGGCGUGGGCGGCUUCCGCCUGGUUGAGGCCAAGUACCCUGCCCUGCUGUUCAAGCAGCAGCUGGACGCGUUUGUGCAGAAGAUCUUCCCCAUGCUGCGCGACAACGUCAAGAAGGCCAUCACGCCCCUGCUGGCCCACUGCAUACACACGCCCCGCGGCGCCAGCGGCCGCGCCCUCGGCCCCGGCCGCCGCAGCGCGUCCGGGGUGGACCACGGGGCGGCGAGCGGCGGCGGCGGCGGCGGCGCGGCGCAGGGCAAGGCGUGGGGGGAGAUCCUGGCCGUGCUGGACGGGCUGCUGGACGACCUGCGCGCCGCAUUUGUGCCCAAGCCGCUGGUGCAGGCGCUGUUCCGCCAGCUGUUUGCGUUUGUCAACGUGCAGCUGUUCAACCAGCUGCUGCUGCGGCGCGAGUGCUGCUCCUUCAGCAACGGGGAGUACGUCAAGACCGGCCUGGCGCAGGUGGAGACCUGGAUCCAGGAGCGCGGCACCGAGUGGGUGGGCGACAGCUGGGACGAGCUCAAGUACAUUCGCCAGGCGGUGACCUUCCUGGUCAUAGGCAACAAGCCGCGCAAGACGCUGGAGAACAUCACGCGCGACCUGUGCCCCAUACUCUCCAUACAGCAGCUCUACCGCAUCAGCACCAUGUACUGGGAUGACAAGUACAACACCGAGACGGUCAGCAGCGAGGUGCUGGCGCGCAUGAAGCAGGCCAUGGUGGAGAGCAGCGCCAGCAGCGCAGCUUCCCACAGCUUCCUGCUGGACGACGACUCAACGCUGCCCUUCAGCGCGGCAGACAUAGUGGGUCAGAUGGACGACAAGGUGCGUGGCCCUUUGAGGGGGGUUAGCGUGUGA